AUGGAACCCAGCUCAGAGCAAACCGAACGAACGAUUGCGCAACCACAGCGCAAAAACCACUUGAAAUUUCGCACACCCACCGACGUGUUGACAAGUGUUAUCAGAAAUUCUGGUCGGUUAAAAGCCAUACGCCCAGUAACUUAUCAAAGUAGUUUGCGAGUAACAGUAGGCGAAUACACAUGGCCGCGAUUAGAAAUUUGUUGGCCUUUCUGGCCAACCCAUGCGGCCAACAUCGUGGGGCUCUUCGCCAGCCUGAGUCCGUCGCACUUGGUUAUCCAGAUGUCCAUGGCCCGAAUUCUAGCCGAAAGUGGUCACAACGUUACUGUGGUGACCGCCCUGAAGCCGCCGUUCCUGCCGAAAAAUAUCACACAUAUCCAAGUGCCCCUCACGGAGGACGAGCUGCAGGCCUUCAAUUCAGUUUUUGCCGAAACGGCCAAGACAGAUAAUACCAACCCGUUUUUGCAAAUGCUUCAACGAGUAGGAAAAAUGAGCAGCGCCUUUUCAAAGACGGCCAGAGUUAUGGAUCAUCAGCUGGUCAAGGAUCUCUACGAAAACAAAGACAACAAGAUCGAUCUGGUCAUCGUUGGAUAUUUUAUGAGCAGCUUCCAUUUCACGUUGGCGCACAAGCUAAAGGUACCGCUUGUGUUGGCUCUCUCCAAUCCGCCAAGCUUUCUGGGACACCUCUUGGGCAACCCCAGAGAACUGUCCUACGUGCCAGCAAUGACUACGACAGUUAAAGCAGGCGAGGUGAUGGGUCUUGGAAAGCGCUUUGCUAAUCUUUUGGGUGCCUUGGGUCAACUUGCAUUUAUGACCAUAAUUGAGUAUAACAACGAAAAGACAUACAGGAAAAUGUACCAGGAUGAUCCCUCUCUUCCCGCCUAUGGGGAAUUGGCAAAGAACAUUUCGCUUAUAUUCUUUUCCUCUCACGGAAUCAGCGAGGGACCUAUAAGGCCUAAUGUGCCAGCAGUGAUUGAGGUAGGGGGGAUACAGGUCAAGGAUCAGCCGGAUCCCUUGCCCCAAAACCUGCAGGAUUUCCUCAGUGUCUGUCCCCAUGGAGCCAUUCUACUGAGUUUGGGCUCAAAUCUCAAAGGAGCUCAUCUGAAGCAAGAUUCGGUAAAGAGGAUGUUCAAUGUCCUCUCGAAACUGAAACAGAAGGUCAUUUGGAAGUGGGACGAUCUGGAAAACCUGCCCGGCCAGUCGGAAAACAUUCUGUUCGCCAAGUGGCUGCCUCAGGAUGACAUCCUGGCGCAUCCCAACAUCAAGCUGUUCAUUACCCACGCGGGCAAGGGCAGUGUCACCGAGGCUCAGUACCACGGAAAACCUAUGUUGGCCCUUCCAGUUUUCGGAGACCAGCCCGGUAAUGCUGCUGACAUGGAACUGCAGGGCUUUGGUGUGAUUGAAAGUUUAGUCAACCUGCAGGAGGAAUCCUUUGCCGCGGGUAUCAAAGAGGUGCUGGACAAUCCCAAAUACACCAAAGCGGUUAAAAAAUUUUCCGAACUCUACCGCGAUCGACCGCUGAGUGCCCGUAAAACAAUAGUUUAUUGGGUGGACUACGUUAUCCGACACCAUGGAGCCCCACAUCUACAAAGUCCAGUUGUGCACAUGAGCUUCAUAGCCGCGAAUAACUUGGAUAUAUAUUUUAUAAUUGUGUGCGCACUUUUAGUCAUAGUUUUUGCUUUAAGAUUAGUUUUUGGGCUUAUUGUAAAAAAGAUCAAGGGUUCACCAAACGUUCCAAAACAAAAAGCGAAAAAGCAUUAAGUUUAUGUGACUCGUACUUUAAUAAAUUUGUUUAAACUUUAA